AGUAAGAUUUCAUAUCUUUUGUAUGAAACAUACCAUAAACUCUAAUUAACAUUAUUUAGUAGAAAUGGGUGUCUACACAUUCAAUGUCUUAGAUGAAAGUAGCAUUGUUGCUCCGGCAAGGUUGUUCAAGGCUCUGUGCAUUGAUAACCAUAACAUUUUCCCAAAGGUGUUACCUGAUGUCAUCAAUAGUAUUCACUUUCUUGAAGCUGAUUCCACUGUUGUUGGCUGUGUCAAACAAUACAACUUUGCUCAAGGAAUCCCACACAAGUAUGCAAAAGGCAAGAUUAAUGAGCUUGAUGAGAAUAAUUACUAUGUCAAGUUCACAAAUUUUGAAGGUGAUAUGUUAGGCGACGUAUUAGAAUGUGUUGUUUAUGAAGUUAAAAUUGAAUCAAGUGGUUUCGGAAGUCACUAUAAGAUGGUUAGUCAUUUUCACACAAAAGGGAAUGUCGUUGUAACCGAAACUGAUGACAUAGUGAAGGGAGACAUUGAGAGCUUGGUAAUGACCUACAAGGCCGUUGAAGAGUAUCUUUGCAAGAAUCCUCAAGUUUAUGCUUAAGAAUACUAUCAACAACAGACAAUCUAGUCUUCUACUUUGAAUAGGCUUGUCCUAUUUGUAUCAAUAACAGUUUCUGUUUAAAAAUUUGCUAUUUUGCUUCAAGUAUUAUAUUAUUAAUAAAGAACCGUGUUACUUAAUA